AUGUCUCUGGCGGCGGCGAAGGGCACCCGGCCCCAGCAGGCGGCCUGCUGCGGCGCUGCCCGGCGGUGGAGGCGGCGGGCACCGGUGGCAGUGCACGCUGCGGCGCAGGUCCAAACUGCCAGCCGCCUGGACGCUGUGGAGCAAGCGCCUCCCGACCCCAUCCUGGGCGUGAGCGAGGCGUUCAAGAAGGACACCUCCCCCGAUAAGCUCAAUCUGGGUGUGGGCGCUUAUCGCACCGAGGAGCUGCAGCCGUACGUGCUGAAGGUGGUGCGCAAGGCUGAGGAGCGCAUGCUGGCCAAGGAUGAGAACAAGGAGUACCUGCCCAUUGAGGGGCUGGCCUCCUUCCGCCAGGCCACUGUGGAGCUGCUGCUGGGGGCCGACAGCCCGGCCAUCCAGGAGGGGCGCGUGGCAGUGCUGCAGAGCCUGAGCGGUACGGGCAGCCUGCGGGUGGGAGCCGAGUUCAUCGCCAAGUUCAUGCCGGGCACCGUCGCCUACAUCUCGCGCCCCACCUGGGGCAACCACAAGAACAUCUUUGCUGAUGCCGGCGUGGAGUGGAGGGAGUACAGCUACUUUGACCCCGAGAGCAUCGGCCUGGACUUUGAGGGCAUGCUGGCCGACCUGCAGGCCGCCCCCGACGGCUCCGUGGUGCUGCUGCACGGCUGCGCGCACAACCCCACGGGGGUGGACCCUACCAAGGAGCAGUGGGCCCGCAUCGCCGACGUGCUGCAGGCCAAGGGCCACCUCCCCUUCUUCGACGUCGCCUACCAGGGCUUUGCCACGGGCAGCCUGGAGGAGGAUGCCUUCGCGCCCCGCUACUUUGUGGAGCGGGGGCUGGAGUUUGCGGUGGCGCAGUCGUACAGCAAGAAUCUGGGGCUGUAUGCGGAGCGGGUGGGCGCCAUGAGCUUUGUGCUCAGCGAGGCGGGCGCUGCGCAGCGCGUGCUGAGCCAGAUGAAGCGCAUCGCGCGCGCCAUCUACAGCAACCCGCCGGUGCACGGCGCGCGCAUCGUGGCGGAGGUGGUGGGCAGCGAGGAGAUGUUUGGGGAGUGGAAGGGGGAGAUGGAGAUGAUGGCGGGAAGGAUCAAGGGCGUGCGCCAGGACCUGUAUGACGCCCUGGUCGAGAUCAACCCCGAUAAGGACUGGAGCUUCGUGCUCAAGCAGAUCGGCAUGUUCACGUUCACCGGCAUGACGCCCCAGCAGUGCGACAACAUGACCAACAAGUGGCAUGUCUACAUGACCAAGGAUGGGCGGCUGUCGCUGGCGGGGCUCUCGAGCGCCAAGGCGGCGUAUCUGGCCCGUGCCAUCGACGACUCGGUGCGCAACUACUGA